AUGUCCCGGAAGGUCAUUCUUUCGAUCGCCUCACUCUGCCUCGCUGCUGUCUUCGCCCGCACAGUGCCUCUGAAUGGCAACAUAACCUCGACCACCCCAGCACUCUCCCCCGAGUUAUUCAAACGGGCGGUCAGUGCGCCAUAUGUCUUCACCGCGUUCACUACUGCAUCAGAGUCGAACUUGUUCGUCUACACCUCGAAUGACGGUACUAGUUUCUCAUUGCUGAAGGGUCCGACGUACACGCCUCCGAGUGGCCUGAUCAGAGAUCCGAGUGUCAUUUUGCAUACCGAUGGGAACUAUUACAUUGCUUAUACGACCAACUGGUCCGGAACAAACUUUGCUAUUGCAAGUAGCACAGAUAUGAUUACCUGGACUCUUCGAGCGACAGUUUCGACUGCAUCCUCCGUCAUCACCCCAAUCAACACCUGGGCGCCGGAAUUCUUCAAGGACCCAAGGACUGGACAGAUCAACAUCAUCGUCUCGCUUUCGACAGGAAGCUAUGGCCCCUUCCUGCCCUAUGUGUUUACCGCCAGGGACUCGAGUCUGACGAGCUGGUCCGGCCCAGUCGUGAUGUCGGGAAUUUCGAACGCAGGGCUUGGAUAUAUUGAUACUUUCCCCGUGUUCUUCAACAACCAAUACCAUAUCUUCGCCAAGGCCGAAACUAAUGGAAAGAAGACCAUCGAGCACGCCGUCGCGAGCUCAUUGACUGGCCCCUAUUCGUUUGUCCAGACUGGAAAUUUCGCAGGUUGGGGCCAGGCUGAAGGCCCGUCCAUCACUGUGUUGCCGAACGGAAGAUUCCGCUUAUAUGCCGACGGAUACAGCAGUGGGAAAUAUAUCUACUCAGACUCGAGCGACCUCUACAAUUGGUCAGCGUAUCAGACCAUCCCAAGCCUUUCGGGAACUGUCAGGCAUGGAACCGUCUUGAAGCAAUGA